AUGACGCUGAAGAAGGACCUGUGGAGUCAAGUCAGACUGUCGCGUGCUCUGAGUUGUGGCUCGGUCAGGACUGUGGACUGGAGCUUCAGGAGCAGACUCCCAGCCGCUCUGUCCUCUGAGUCUCUGAGGAGCGACCUAUCCAGAGACCUGGGGCCUCAGUUCAAGGAUCCAAGGGCCACCUGGUCCCCUGGUGUCAGCUCCAGCUCUUUACACAACGACCGUUUCACAGACUCACCGCUUCACUCGCCCUACUCUGGGAGCUUCGAGGCCCUCAGUACUGGCUCCCGUCCUGAGAAGGCCCUCAUAACCUACAGCAUCUCUCGCUUUCUCCUGGAACCUCUGGGCUGA